AUGAAGACAGAGAGGAUCGCCCCAACCAUCAGCGAUUUAACGAGAAUUCGCGAUUUGAAGGGAUUGAAGGAUCUCAUGCACAAACCAAAAGCAACGAUGAUCCUUGAUCACGCGGCAAACGCUUUGGAGCUGUUGAAAUUCGGAACGUUGGAAUAUGGAGAGGUUAAAAGUUUUAUGAAUGCUGUUGAAGACGUCUUGUUCUCGUUGAAAGCAAUCAGGGGGAAGUCUGCCUCCUACACGAAGGAUGAGAUAACUGUUGAUGUGCAAGACGAGUACUACGCCGACAUUGACAAGGACGGACACAUAACGAACCACAAAGCACGUGUUAGAAUAUUCUGUCUCGCAUUCUUAUCCGAAUCUCCGAUCAUUGAAGUUGGAAUCAAUGACAAGCGUAGAAGAGGCAAAGAGAUCGUCGGUAGACUGGACAUCAUACCGAUAAAAACUGAGGAAUGGAUACGCAUAGAAGACUACGAACUACACGGGACAAUAGACAAAGAAGUAUUCGAAGAGACAAAAGUAGUCAAGCUCAACCCUCUAGAUGCGGUUCGGUAUGAGUUACUCCGCUUUCGAGUUCGCCCUCGCAUAAAUAUCGAACUGCCGCUUCAAAUUCGAGUCCAAAUGUCGAUCGUGGAGCGCCAUAUCGAGGUGAGGAUCGAAGUGAUGGUGACAGGUUACUACAGCAACAGUAGGAGGGCUGCACAAACGCCCUGCGAAGACAUUCAGAUUCGAUUCCCCAUACCGGAAGAUUGGGUCUAUCUCUUCAGAGUGGAGAAACGGUUCAAGUACGGAGCUGUGCAUUCCUCGAAAAGAAAGGCUGGGAAGAUAAAAGGAUUGGAAAGGUUAUUGACCGCAUUCGCUCAGGGUAUCCUCCCACCAAGUUUGAUCGAGGUAUCGACGGGGCUUGCCAAAUACGAGCAAGCAUUUCACGCUGUUGUUUGGAGGAUCGAUCAGCUACCCGAGAGAAACGAAGGGGCUUACAAAACGCACCUGAUGGUGAUCAACAUCGACCUGGCCCCCCACGACAAGAUGCCAGAGCAACUGGACAAAUACGUCCAUGUGGAGUACGCCAUGGCAAACAGUACCGUAUCAAGGGCCCAAGUUAGAUCGAUAGCCAUCAGCAACGGGGCGGACGAACCCGCGGACAAAUGGGUGCGGCAUCUAGCCAAGUACGAGUACACCAUUGAGAUGGAAUUUACUGAUAAGGUGAAGCCACAGUCUGAAGAUAUUAUGGCACCUCUGAAGCCAGUCCUGCCGGCCGCGGAGGAACCGGAUUCAAAUGCACCGAAAGCCGCUCCUGAAGACGGAAGCGAAAAUUCGUCAUCUGACUCCGAUUAA